GUUGCUUCUUCGUCUCCAUGUGCUCCGCGAGACGCUCAGUUCCAAAGUCUCUCUUUUAUGUCGGGGAUUAUAAGGUCCCGUACAGAAAUGACGAAAUAAUUUAUCAUUUACACGGGGACUUUAUCCGCCGCGCCCUACUGUAUAGUCCUCGUGACGCAAAAAAAAAAAACUUCACAUAGUGUCUCUCAUAACUACUGGAAAUACUCCAUGGAAAAGAUGACCACUUUCGGCUGAAAUUGUCCUGCAUGCAAAUGUGCAGACGUCUGUGACUUUCUACGAAAGCAGCAACUUCUUGAGCCCGAAGACCCCCUCAGAACGUGGCCGUUGUUCCCUGCUAAGAGUUUACUGAACGAAUAAAACAAAAAUCAACAUGAAGACUGCACUUAAAGUUUUGCUGGGUCUGGUGGCAGUUGCUGUCAUCGUUGUUCUGAUCGCAGUUCCUGUAGUGGUGUUAAAAAAUCGUGAAACUGUCUCAGGCCGAACAUACACUCUGGAAGAUUACUUUAAUGAUUCCAUCACUUACAAAGGCUACAGACUGAGGUGGAUCUCAGACACUGAAUAUCUACUGAAAAAAAAAGAUGGAAAUGUCAUGCUUUACAAUGUGGAAAAAAGUACUUCAGAGGAGUUUUUGUCCAGUAAUGUGUUUACAGAUGUAAAUGCUUCCGAUUACAUUGUAUCUGCUGACCGAAAGUUUGCUUGUUUGCAAAGAGAUUACCAAAAGGUAUGGAGGCACUCAUAUACAGCUUCAUAUUCACUUUAUGACCUGGAGACAAAGAAACAUCUAUCUGACAUUUUACCAAAAGAAAUACAAUAUAUUGAGUUUUCUCCAACAGGACACAAACUGGCAUUUAUUUGGAAAAACAAUGUUUACUUAAAACUGGAACCAUCUCAAGAUUACCUUCAGGUGACAACAAAUGGAAAGGAAAAUGAAAUAUAUAAUGGAAUUCCUGACUGGGUUUAUGAGGAAGAAGUAUUUUCAUCAACAUAUGGAAUAUGGUGGUCACCAAGUGGGAAGUUUGUGGCCUAUGUCUUUUUAAAUGACACUGCAGUUGAGCGCAUUGAAUAUUCAUAUUAUGGGAAUGACCAAUACCCGAAAACAGUUGUCAUUCCAUAUCCAAAGGCUAAUUCAACUAUCCCUAUAGUGAAACUGUUUGUUGUGGAAACUACCUCUCAUGUGAUUUCAGAAGUGACUGUACCAGAUAUCAUUGGCGCCAGUGACCAUUAUAUGUACACAGUAACCUGGGUGACAGAUGAACGCAUUGCAGUACAGUGGACGAACAGAAGUCAGAACUAUGGGAUUAUUCAAAUAUGUGAUUAUGUUGCAAGUAAAUGGAAUUGCUCACAGACAAGGCAGUUUGUUGAAGAAGUUCAAAAUGGUUGGCUAGGACAGUAUUCACCAUUUCCACCUCAUUUCACCGGAGAUAAUGAAAGCUUCUACAAGAUACUUUCCGGCAAGAAUGGCUAUAAACAUAUACAUUAUCUGACUUCUGGAAAGGAACCACAACAGAUUACGUCUGGAGAAUGGGAAGUCAUUUACAUUGUGAAAGUAACACAGGAUGCACUUUAUUAUGUUAGUAACCAGGAUGGAGGUACCCCUGGAGGGAGAAAUCUUUACAAAAUUACAAUUGGUAGUUCUCAUUCCGAGCCACAGUGUAUGACAUGUAACACAAGACGAGAAAGAUGUAAAUAUAACUCUGCAUACUUCAGCAAAAAUGCAAAAUAUUACCGAAUGGAUUGUUCAGGACCUGGAAUUCCUAUUUAUACUCUUAAUGACAACACUGGAAAAGAACUUCUCAUCCUUGAGGAGAACAAGGACUUGGAAGAAAUCCUAAAGGACAUUCAAAUGCCAAAAGUCGAACGGGGAACCAUUCAAGUGGCAGGACUCAAACUAUGGUAUCAAAUGACACUGCCACCCAACUUUGACAAGUCCAAAAAAUAUCCAUUACUAAUUGAUGUGUAUGCCGGACCAUGCAGUCAGAAAGUAGAUUACCGAUUCCGGCUCAACUGGGCAAGCUACCUUGCAAGUACGGAAAAAAUUAUUGUAGCAAGUUUUGACGGAAGAGGUAGUGGUUACCAGGGUGACAAAAUCAUGCAUGCUCUGUACAGACGACUAGGAACGUACGAAGUGGAGGAUCAAAUAACAGCUGCACGAAAAUUUAUUGAUAUGGGCUUUAUUGAUAAAAAAAGGGUCGCCAUUUGGGGCUGGUCCUAUGGUGGAUAUGUUACUUCUAUGGUUCUUGGAUCUGGCAGUGGUGUGUUCAAGUGUGGUAUAGCUGUAGCACCGGUAUCAAAGUGGGAAUAUUACGAUGCAGUCUAUACUGAACGUUAUAUGGGAAGGCCUAUUAAAUCAGAUAAUCUUGCAUACUACCAGAAUUCAACAGUAACCGAGAGAGCAGCAAACUUCAAAUCUGUUAACUACCUCCUGAUCCAUGGAACAGCAGAUGAUAAUGUCCACUUCCAGCAAGCUGCACAGAUUUCAAAAGCACUUGUGGAUGAAAAUGUUGAUUUUGAAACAAUGUGGUACACAGACAAGGAUCAUGGCCUGGAUGGUUCCGCACACAGACAUGUCUACAUUCAUAUGAGCCAUUUCCUAAAGCAAUGUUUUUCAUUAUCAUAGCAAGACCAAACCAAAAAUACAAUCAAUAUUAAAUUUUACCCAAAAUAGUUUUGAAUGUGAUAUAUGCAGGCUAAAAACCAUGAAAAGUCUAUGCUAUAUUUAAUUAUGUUUUUUGAUGUAAUUCAAAAUCAAGUUUUUGCAUGAUAUUUCCAUAAAUUUGUUUUCUUCAUUAUUUAUGUUACCUUUAACUGAUUUUUUUUUGUAUUUGAUACAAUACUAUUAAAAUCAUAUUUUUCAAUAAAAAGGUGUGAGACCUCUCUUACGUUUCAGUAAAAAACUGUUCCAUUUGUGAAUCAAAGAUUAAAGUAAUGACUGUUAGAUUAUUUGUGAACUUGAACAUAAUGUGUUAAUAAUAUGUUUACCUUUCUGAAAAUGUGUACAUUAAAUCACAAAGUGCUAAAGUGCUGGAUAAACUACAUUUUUAUUUUUAUUUUCUAUCUUGUUAAAUAUGUCGAUUGAAUAAAAAACAUGAAAAAUAA